AUGUCUUCGGCAAAGGCCAACUCGGGCAACGCGCAGCCGCCCCAGCCGUUGGCGGCCUCGCCUCCGGCCCAAGCGUUUGGUCGUAGAGUCAACCGCUCGUGCAUGGAGUGCACGAGACGCAAAAUCAAGUGCGACGGCCGCUUCCCUUGCAGCAGCUGCGUGUAUUACAGGGCUUCCGAGGCAUGCGAGUACCGUCAGCGGUCUAGGAGAAAUGCAGUGAGUAGGAGUGCCCAUGAGGACGUCCUUCACAGACUGAAGGGACACGAAGACAUUCUUGACAAGUUGUUCCCCGGGUACAACUUAUCAGACCUAGAAACGAAAUCCCGUCUAGAGCUCUUGGACGAGCUUGGCAUUCGUGGCCUGGCAAUCCACAGUCAACCAGCGCACAAUCGGUCAUCACAUCAUGCGCCGUCGUCAAGCAAUAAAGACGCUUCAUAUCAAGGCGAGGAUGACUCUGCGCCGAUUUCUGAGAACGGAGACGCUGCCCCUGAACCACAAUGGAAUGAAUCGCUCGACCAGCGUGAAACUGUGGCCACCGACGACAUCAACGCCAUCGGGCUGGCCACGGAUAAGCAGGCAAGAUCGUACCUCGGCAUAUCGUCAAUGAGCGCAGCAUUUCGCGCCAUUUUCAGGCUCUACCCGCCGACCAAAGAUCAUACGGCCGCUCGCGCGAGAGCCUGUGCCGCCGCGCCGCCGCCCAGCCAGCUCGCGGUCCCGAUGCUCACCCGGGAUCCAGCCCUCAGUCUGCUGCGCGAACAGCGGUGCAUCGAUUUUUACUUUGACCACUUCCAUGCAGUAACGCCGCUGAUAGACGAGCACGAUUUUCGCAAGCAAUAUACCACCGGUGGGCGACGCGACGGCUCCUGGCUUGGUCUGCUCAACAUGGUCUUUGCGCUGGGGAGCAUUGCGUCCGGCAGCGAGAGUCUCCACGAGGAAUACUACAAAGCGGCGCGGGCAUCCUUCAGCCUCGACAGCCUGGGCUCUGGCAACCUUUACAGCCUGCAAGCUCUAUGCCUCCUCGGCGGUUUCUACCUGCACUACCGCAACUCGCCCAACAUGGCGUACGGCAUUCUCGGCGCCGCGCACCGCGUCGCCAUCGCCCUCGGCCUGCACCGCGAACCUCGGCGCAGCAACAGCAGCAGCAGCACACACACCACACCCGAUCCCGACGAAGUCCGACGCGCCGAGACGCGGCGGCGCACGUGGUGGAGCCUCGUCUGCGUCGACUCGUGGGCGUGCAUGACGCAGGGCCGACCAACCUGCGGCCGGUGGGAGCCCGCGACCAUGGACACGGCGCUGCCGUCGGCGCUGCACGUCGACGACCACGCCGCGCUGUCCCUACGCGCGAGCGCCCAGUUCUGCCUCAUCUGCGACCGCAUCCAGGAGCGGCUCGCGCGCAUCGGGCGCAUCACCGGCGACGAGAUCCUGGCGCUCGACCAGGACCUGCAGGCGUGGCACGCGGCGCUGCCUGCCGUCCUGAAGCAGGUCGACACGGCCUCGGCGCACCCGCGGCUGCAGGUCGCGCGCGAGUUCCUCCGCACGCGCUACUACAACGCCCGCGUCAUUCUCGCGCGCUGCUCCGUGCUGCUCAUGGCGCAGAACUGGCGCCGCAAGAUUGUCGAGGAUCUGCUGCAGGACCAGCGCCACACGCUCGCCCGCUGCUGCGCCGUCGCCGCCGACGCCAUCGACGCCAUCGCCCUCUACUGGACCCCCAACCGCUUCCUCGUCUGGAACUCGGGCUGGUACCUCUUCCAGGCCUGCACCGUGCCGCUGCUCGCCAUGGCCAUGGAGCGCAACCUCGGCCGCGGGGGCGGUGGCGGCGCGGGCGCCGCUCCGUUGACCAUGUCGCGGCAGUUUGUCGCCUGGCAGGAGAGCCUCGCCAAGGCGCUCGGUGCCUUUUCCGAGAUGCGCGCCUGGAUGCGCACCUCGGACCGCUCUCCGGACAUUGUCUCGGCCAUGUACGAGGCCCUCACGGCCGACACGGACGCCUUUGUGCGCACGCCGUCGGCGAGCGACGGCAGCCUCGACCUCUUUGGCUGGUGCGACGAGCAGCUGACCGAGAUGGACUGGGGCAUGUUUCUCGGCGAGGACAGCAUGCCGCCAGAUAUGAUGCCGCUGGCAUAG